UCUCGUGCGGGAGAUCUCGCGAUAAUAUCGGAGCUCUCUACAGCGCCAUUUAGUUUAACUGCUGCGUGUCGUAGCGAGGGCAAAGAUUGAGAAGCGACUGUCGGCCAUCCCAUUUCUUUGUGACCACUUCCCGUACCGCUGUGAGUCCAGACGAGCAGCAGGAUGGCGGAUGACCUGGACAUCGAGGCCAUGCUGGAUGCUCCGUACAGAAAGGAGGACUCCAAGAACCAAAGCCCUAACGGACAAGAGGAACGCCCCAAGAGGAAGAAGCGCAGCCGGGAGAAGAAGCGCAGCCGGGAGAAGAAGCGCAGCCGGAGCCGCGAGCGCAAACGCAGCCGCAGCAGAGAGAAGAGGAGGAGUCGUAGCAGGGAGCGUCGCAGCAGCAGGGAGAGGGGGGGCCGCUACAGAGACCACCACCAGCAACGCAGGCGUUCAAAGACUAAGAGUCCCGUCAGGAAGGAGAAGAGUCCAAUCCGGCCGCCCAUGGAUAACCUGACACCAGAGGAGCGCGAUGCGCGCACGGUGUUCUGCAUGCAGCUGGCCGCCAGGAUAAGACCUCGAGACCUGGAGGAUUUCUUUUCUGCUGUAGGGAAGGUUCGGGAUGUGAGGAUGAUUUCGGACAGGAACUCCCGCAAGUCCAAGGGCAUCGCCUACAUCGAGUUUGUGGAGACCAACUCUGUCCCUCUGGCCAUUGGCCUUACGGGGCAAAGGCUGCUGGGAGUUCCCAUCAUCGUUCAGGCCUCGCAGGCGGAAAAGAACCGUGCAGCCGCAGCGGCGGCCGCAGCCAACAACCUGCAGAAGGGAUCAUCGGGACCGAUGAGGCUGUACGUCGGCUCUCUGCACUUCAACAUCACUGAGGACAUGCUGAGAGGGAUUUUUGAGCCGUUUGGACGGAUUGAGAGCAUCCAGCUGAUGAUGGACAGUGACACAAGACAGUCUAAAGGCUACGGCUUCAUCACUUUUGCAGAUGCUGAGUGUGCCAAGAAAGCCCUGGAUCAGCUGAACGGCUUCGAGCUGGCGGGUCGACCCAUGAAGGUGGGUAAUGUGACUGAGCGCACCGACGCCUUCGCCUCCUUCCUGGACAGCGACGAGCUUGAGCGCAGCGGCAUUGACCUCGGGACCACCGGACGCCUGCAGCUGAUGGCCCGGCUGGCCGAGGGUACUGGUCUACAGAUGCCUCCCGCCGCUCAGCAGGCUCUGCAGAUGAGCGGCGUGAUCGCCAUGGGAGCCAUGGCUGCCGUGUCAGCUGCCAUGAAUCCGAACAUGCAAUCUUCUGCUCCGAGUGUUCCCUCUCACCCGCUCGCCACGCACUGCUUCCAACUGUCCAACAUGUUCCAUCCCAGCUGCGAGGACCCUCCUGGUUGGGAGAUGGAUAUCCAGCACGAUGUCAUCGAGGAGUGCAACAAACAUGGGGGAGUUGUUCACAUCUACAUCGACAAGAACUCUGCUGAGGGAAACGUUUACGUGAAGUGUCCUUCGAUCCCCGCUGCUACGGCCGCAGUCAACGCUCUGCACGGACGAUAUUUUGCUGGUAAGAUGAUCACAGCGGCGUACGUCCCGUUGCCCACCUACCACAACCUGUUCCCGGACUCUGCCACCAACUCGCUGCAGCUGUCCCUUCCCCAGCGACGGUGACUCCAACGAUCCUCCCCUCGGGUUGGACAUUGGACUUUUGGAUGUCCUCCUCUCCUGUUGGUCGACACAGACGAGUCAGUUUCCCUUCUGUUUAUCAGGUCUGAGAGGAAGGACGCUGUUUGUUCCUCUCCUUCCUGUUCAUUCUCAUUAGAAUUUCUGGGCGUGGCCUGUUUUGUGUAUCGUCCAAUGAUUGAGCUCUGUGAGCUGUGAGGAGGCCAACUGAUGAUGAUGAUGUCAGCCGAUUGGUUGGUUUGAAGCAGUUUCCUAUUGAGGUGUUUUCUAAGAAUUUGAUUUUGUAAAAUCCUUUAUUAAAUUUUAUUUUGAAUUCACUGUCAGCUGCUGCGUCCUUUUUGUAUUAUGCUCACUCAGAAUAUUGCAUUCCUCACAAGCUCCGCCCAGAAAUUUAGUUUUAUUUCGUUUGCAUUGUUUCCAGUUUUAUACUGAAGUGGACCAACAGCUGGACUCAGUUAAGACUGUUAGAUUACUCAUUUUAAAGAUUCUAGAUAGAAACAAUGAAUUAGCAUUAAUGAAAGAUGCCGUGGAACUUUAAUUAAUUCAUAUGACAGAUUUUCUCCUCGUGGUCUGAUUUAAUUUUGCAACAUUAUCACGAUGUUUAAACUUUGUAAACAUUGCAUUCAAUCGCAUGUGAGGCUGAAAAUAUAGUUUGAUAUGUGAUAUAUUUAUAUUUUAUACAGUGUAUCAUUUUCACUUUUCCUGCAAUGUUAUAAGAAAUAAAAAUGAUAAAUGCUCA